UUCUGGAGGCAUAUGUUUACGGCUUUAUAUUUUAAAGAGCAUUUAAAGAAACGUUUUCAGGGCUGUCAAAAAAUAUUCGAAGUUCGAAAACUAUUCGAAAAUCUUUUUCUUUUUUUAAGUUCGAACCUAAAUUUGAGCAUUCGAAUAUUAGUUUUGGAUCGAGCGUUUUUGAUUCCGCGUUUUGUAAUCAGCAUAAAUAUAAGCUACAGGCUUUAAUUUCAUGCGGCGAAUCAUGUUCAUGCACGCAAAGUUAAUUUCCUGUGCUACCGUUACUGGUCAGCUAACAAUUUAGGCUAAAUAAUGUUCCCAUGGCAGGCUGUGUUUUCUUUUGGUUCUGAAGAUUUUGAUAAAAUUGGAUGAUGAAAGAAGUUAAACAAACAAAACCGAAGUCUGAUGGUAUUUGUGACUUUCCCCUGCUUGUUAUGUAUGUGCCAGUACUCUCUGCAGCUGAGGAACAAAACCCGAGAAGAAGUCCAUGCUGAGGUCGGCGGUCGUGUGCGUCUCCCCUGUAAACACCAAAUCAAAGGAAACGUCACGUUCAUGUACUUGCAGAGGAAGGCCCCCUCUCGUUUCGUCAAUGGCUACCACCACAACAGAGGCGUCAAUCCCCACGAGGUGUUCGCAAACCGCACUGCAGUGGACCGCUCCCUGGCGUGGGUGGAGCUGUGGAAUGUGAGGGUGAAUGAUGAGGGGGUGUACGAGUCGGUCCUCAUGGACGAGGACGGGACAAAAACGCUGACUCUGUAUCUGAGAGUAACAGCCAACUACAGUGCUCCUGUGAUGACAGUUAGUCACAGCAAUGAGACUGUGAGCGGCAGGGGCUACGUGGUGACCUGCUCCUCCUCAGGCGGAUAUCCCAACGCAAGCGUGAAGUGGGCCUUCCAGCCCAACGUGGCUGGGACCCAGUGGGUGGAGGUGAACGAGAGCAGUGUACAGAACCAAGUCACCAUGCUUUACGCCGUCUCCAGGAGCAUCCUCGUCAACUGCUCCCAACCGCUUAAAAUCAGAUGUACAGUAGGGGGCGCUGUGUCGCAGCAGGAAGAAGUCUGUAGCACUUCUAGGCCUGUCGUCUAUGAUGGGGUGGUAAUCAUUGCCUCAGUGGCUGCAGCCAUUUUGUUCAUCAUUGUUAUAGUAAUAUUGGUGAAGAAAAAGAAGGCAUCUCCAUCAACUGACACCUCAGAUGUUGAAGCAGGAAUAGAGCAAACUGGACCAAACACUCACCUGAUGGAGCUCAAAUGAGUACUGUUGAGGAGCCUGUCCUACAGUGUGGUUCCAGUGCUUCACCUCUAAUGGGACCAUGGAUGGUUUGUGAUGGCAAAAACAUCACAUGACUCUUGCUGGGUGAAGCAAAUAGCAAUUCUGGGUAACUGAUGGAGGCUGAUGCCAAUACAGCCAUGGGACCAAAGCGAAUCGCACUACACUUGUUUUAUUCAUAUUUAAUCUGACAUCUUUCUGAUUUCCCAACCAAGUGCUAACCCACUGUUCAGCCAUCUCAGGAAGCAGAAAAAAGGAAAACAGUUCUCUGUGUUGACACCCAAUGAGUAUGCAUAUAUGAGGGCUCCUGUAACCUCAUCCCACAGUCAUUUUACUCCGUUUUAAUGGCAAUUAUACUUGAGUGCUUUAUAGUAUACUCACUUGCGUCUCAACUGGGGAAAAAGGCACCAAACAAAACCCUAAGAAACAGGAAACUCUAAUGCAGGUAAUUGCAAAUACAAUAAUAAGAAUUGAAAUUUUCAGGAUCCUCAAAGAUGAAUCAGAUUCAGCUCAACAUACAUAGUUCUGCCUUUUCCCCUACACAAUUGUUUCCUAUGGCAAACAUUAUAUUAUUAUUAUGAAUAAUGUUACAACCUUUUUACCUGAAAAUAGUCUUCCUACUGUCUUUAUAACUUAUUUCAACUUCUGUAUUUUGAUGUACCAUUAUCUUCAAUGUUUUUUUACAUAUAUAAAUUCUUUUUAUUUAUGUAUAAAAUGUUUGUCUCCUGUAGAAUAUAUUUAAUAAAAUUCAUUUGUAACAAAAA